AUGGACCACGUUACCGGCCUACCAGAGUCGCAAGGAUCCAACGCUAUCCUCGUGGUUGUCGACAGACUCACCAAAAUGGCCCACUACAUCCCCACUAGAGAUACGGCUGAUGCCCCCGAACUGGCCCGCUUAUUCUUACAAUAUGUCUGGAAAUCUCACGGGCUGCCGAAGGAUAUAGUAUCGGACAGGGGCACGACCUUUACCUCGCAGUUCUGGAAAGCAUUGUGCAACCAAUUGGACAUCAAACCUCGAUUCAGCACCGCCUUCCACCCACAAACCGAUGGACAGACCGAACGGGUAAAUGCAAUUAUGGAACAGUACUUGCGGGGAUACGUUAACUACCAACAGGACAACUGGGCAGAAUUCCUCCCGCUGGCAGAGUUCGCGCACAAUAAUGCCACCACGGAGCCCUUAGGGGUUAGUCCCUUCUUCGCCAACUACGGGUAUAAUCCACAACUGGAUAUCCUACCCGCCGAAGAAAGACAUGAAGCCACGCCGAAGGAAGUAGUAGAAUUUGCCAACUCGAUUACCACCCUACAGACCGCAUUGCGAUCCGAGAUCCUGUACGCCCAAGCCGCCGCUGCCGAUAGCGCCAACACCACCCGACUUCCUGAACCACGACUAGAAGUAGGGGAUUUGGUGUGGUUGUCGCGAAAACACAUACGAACUACUCGACCAUCGGACAAAUUGGACCAUAAACGCUUAGGGAAAUUCAAAAUACUCGAGCGCAUUGGAUCUCACGCCUACCGACUGGAGCUUCCCCCAUCGAUGAAGUCCCAUCCCGUGUUUCACGUCUCCCUACUAGAACCCGCCCGAACGCAGCCUCUUCCUGGCCAUGUAUAA